AUGUAUGAGGAGCGCUGGGAUAUGGUGCGAAGUCACUUCGCCACCGUCCGGCGGCUCAUAGCGAAUGAUGAGGAAAUUGUGAAAACGCUGGAUUCGACGUUUGGCGCCGACUGGCGCCUCGAACCCCCUUGUACAAUUAAUUCGGACGAACCCACAACGUGUGAAAAAGGUCAAAAAAGUAAAACCCCCGCCUUGGAAGACAUUUACCCAAUAACGGCAGUAGUCCCGCGUGCCUCUCACACCGCCACGGCGCAGCCCGACCCGCCUGACGAUGGGGAAAGCGAUUUCAAUGCGAUACCCACCCCCAACAACCUCCACGAUGAUGCCGUGGAGGAGGAUCAUAUCGGUUUAAUAGAAACGCAUAACCUGCUGAACCACAACGCCCCCGCUUUCCAUUCCCGCACCUCCGUCCUGAUCUCGGAGGGUAGUCCGAAUUAUUCCCCUUCACGGCAUGUCGCCUCUUUCCUGUCGGAGCUCAGCACGACGUCUGGGGCCACGCCGAACGAAAGCAGCGUCGACCCCAAGCCACUUUCCACGUCCUACUCCGAGCCCGGUAAUCUCAAAUUCGCGGUAUUCCCCACUUCCUCUUUGGAGAGGGAAUCGGUAAAAACGGCGGGGCUGCGCGGGGGGAAAUCGGCCAAACAGACCUCCAAAACCACCAGCGCAGCCCACAACCCCCUUUCCUCGACAAGCCAGGACAGCAAAACCAGCCUGAGCGGUCCAUCGCCGGCGGCGCCGUCGACCAGCUCGAUUUUUUCCCCCCCGAUCACCUUUUGUUUAGAAUCCCGCGAGGACAUGAUACGGCGGCGGAACGCGGCCCCGCACGCGUUUUUCGCGGCCGCCUCCCCCCUUCAUCGGGGAGGCGCCGCCUACUUCAGCCCCGGCGCCGUGAUGGGCCCAUCCCCCGCGAAAGCCAGUGGCGAGCCCAUCCCCAAUGACCUCCCCAACCCCACCGAACCCCACAACCUCAGCGGCGCAGGGGCGGGGAGCUCGGUCGGGACGCUUUACACCCCGGGGCGGAAUGGAGCCUCCCGCAGCCUCCCCAUCUCCCCGGUUCUGGCCUUUAACUCGCCAUCCCUGCUCCCGCAAUGCCCGUACGACUACCUUCUUGUUCUCGACUUCGAGGCGACCUGUGAGGAGCACAUGCCCCCCGGCUAUCUCCACGAGAUUGUGGAGUUUCCCGUCGUCCUGGUGGACACCAAACUCUAUCGGGUGAUGGCCGAGUUCCACCGUUUUGUCCGUCCACGGCAUAAACCCCAGUUAAGUGAGUUUUGCCGAUCCUUAACGGGGAUUCAACAGCAGGAUAUCGAUGCGGCGGCCCCGCUGGAGGUGGUGGUGGCCCAGUUUGAGCGUUGGCAUCGCCAAACAAUCCCACCCAACGCGCGCGCGAUCUUCGCGACGGAUGGUCCGGCCGAUUUUCGCGAAUUUAUGUAUCAUCAUAGCGUCACGCGGCAGGGAAUUCAUUUUCCCGCGAUGUUUUACCAGUGGAUUGACAUCAAAAAAUCCUUCGCGGCGUUUUUCAACUCGCAGCAAGGCAAGAUCAAGGCGAUGCUCGAUGCCCUGCAGAUGUCCUUUAAAGGGCGACUGCACAAUGGGUUAGACGAUGCCAGAAAUUUGGCGAAUAUCGUGAUUGGUUUACUCCAGCGAGGAUGCACCUUCUGCGAGGUCCCGCUAAGCCGACUUUCACCCGGGACACCUUUCACCCGCAAUGGGGGUGCGGUAGAUAUCCCCGGAGGUAGCCUUUUCCUCCCACCCUCGGCAGUCUCCAUUGGCGCCACGACCCCUGGAAGUAAUAGCAAUAAUUCUUUUACACAUCCCAAGGGGGAAAUUCCAUGCUUCGUUGAUCACAAAGACGGAAAGAACCACUAA